AUUGUGUUUAAACGACGUCGAAUAUUGUGACAAAAUUGAAAGUACAUCACAAGGACACUAGCUCUGAGUCCAGGGCUAGAACAGGUUACAGAACAGCUGCGGAAGACAACAAUGGCGACGGAACUAGAAGAACUAGUGGACUUCCUUUCUUCAUCAUCUCAGAAGGUGACAAAGGCGGCUGUUGAUAUAGUUCGAGGAUUAACUGGGUCUGAUGAUGGCUUAAAGUCCCUUGCCAAUUAUGCCAACACGCUCGUGCCAUCACUUUCUCGACUUUUAAAUGCUCCUAAGGAGAUUUCAGAACCUGCAGCCGAAGCUCUUGUUAAUCUUUCACAAAAUUAUGAUUUGGCAGAAAAGAUGGUUGAGAUUGGAAUAGUUAAAACAGCUAUGGAUAUGCUAUAUAAGCCGGAGUCUAGCAUUGGCCACUUAUUGGUUAUGCUUUUAGUGAAUCUUACACAAUUUGAUGCUGGUAUCACUUCCUUGCUUCAGGCUGGAGAUGAGAAGAUGCAAGGACUCUAUGUUAUGAAACUUGUUAGAUCAUUUUGCAGAUCUUCAAGUGAAACCAGAGAAGAUGCAUUUGAACAUGUUGGUUCCAUACUUGUAAACAUUUCAAAGAACAAAGCAGGAAGGGAACUUUUACUGGAUCCUAAGAGGGGGCUUUUGAAGCAGAUGGUUAGACAGUUUGACUCACCUAAUUCAUUGAGAAGGAAAGGGGUUUAUGGAACAGUUCGCAACUGUUGUUUUGAAGCUGAGAAUGAGCUACAGAAUUUACUUUUGAUGUCUGAGUUCCUUUGGCCAGCUCUGCUUCUACCAGUCGCUGGAAACAAGGUUUACAGUGAACAAGACACAUCAAAAAUGCCACUUGAACUUGGUAGUGUGCUCUUAAUCGAGCGUGAACCAGUUGUCGAUCCUGAUAUUCGCAUUCAAGCCCUGGAGGCAAUAUACUUGAUAUCAUUACAGGAGGCAGGACGGAGAGCCUUUUGGUCUGUCAAUGGACCAAGAAUAGUACAAGUUGGAUAUGAAGAUGAGAAAGAUUCAAAAGUUAUGGAAGCAUUCGAGCAACUUGGUUCCUUGUUGGUUAAUAGUAGCGGAGCAGAGGAACCUUCAAAAUAGAUAUCCAACUAGCAGUCUUUGUGUCAAUUCAGUUGCCACAAUAUAAUGGUGUUAUUGGAGAAGAGUAAAAAGGUCAUUGGAACUUGAGUGAAAGCUUUGCUUGUCUUAUGAUUAUUGUGUCAUUGGAAUUUUAAGUUAUAGUAUGAACUUUUAUCAAUGAAAAUAGUUCCGAUUCAUGAAAAUAAUUUUGAUUAAACAUGGAAAAUGGUAAAAGAUAUAUGUCGAGCUGGACAUCAUUGCCUUAGAAUUUAAUCUUGUAUUAUUAUGAGACGUCCUUAGAUUAGCCUUUGAGUCUUGUAGCAAUGGCUUUAAUAAUAAUACUGUACCAUAAUGAGCUACGAGUUUUUUUUUAAUCAAAUUAUAUUCUAUUGUCUAAAUUUCCAGUGACAUUUAUAAAAAUAUUGGUUGUAAUUUUAA